AUGGUGCAAUCGGAGGUCACAUGGAUAUCAGAUCGAGGAGGAGGUAUCCCUCAUUCCAUGUUGAAGAAGGUGUUUCAGUAUCACUUCACUACAGCUAAUGAUGAUGAGAGUGUGAGUGAUAAUGGUGGAGCAUUCGGUACUUUGAUGGAAGCCGUUAAUCAGACUACAGCUGGGCCUCUCUGCGGAUUUGGAUUUGGACUACCUGUAUCAAAGGCAUAUGCAGAAUACCUAGGAGGAUCAAUAUCACUAGAGACCAUGCAAGGAAUCGGAACAGAUGUCUUCCUCAGAUUGAGGCACAUCGAGGGCAAGCAAGAAAGCUUUAGGAUUUAACUUGAAAAGCAUCAUCAAGCUCUCAAAUCAUAAAAAAAGAGGUAUGACAUCUUGAAAUUCAGACCCUUUGGCAUCAUGUCAAUUUGUGGUACCAGUAUUCUCUUGUUGUUGGCUAGGCUUAUACCAAAAAGAUGCAAGUACCAUAAGUUUGUGUUUGCGAGAAAAAGAUGAUCAGAGAAAGGGCCAUUGAUCCUUUAUAAUUCAGAGACUGAAAAUUGUACCCUGGUACAUUCAUUUAUGUGAUGAAAACCAUUUCCAAAGAAAAGCUGUAUAAUUAUUGUUUGAGAUCACAUUUGAUCUCUUUUGUGCAGAUAUGUAAAUCCAGUGGAUAUUCAAAGCUUCUUUUCUGUAUUCUUAAAUCGUAUCUAUCAUUCACUUGUUUGUUUUUACCUUGUUGAAAUGAUGUCCAGUUGUUAAACGAUUACCAAGCAUCUAAAUAACCUUAUGAUAGGACAAAAUGUAAAACAGUGAAAUAAAAUAAGUCUCUAAAAUGAAACUGAUAGGUGACAUUCCUAUUACCCAAAAUAUAGCAUGCAUGGUCAUUGACAUAGAACAAAGAAAAUUGCAAUGUUUUAGAUCUUUGAACUUAAUUAACCAUUUGUUGAUCUAAGUCAACUUUAAGAUUGAUUUUCCUGUCAAGAAUACUAGCUUACACUCCUUUUGAAUAUAGAUAAUAUUUUUUGUCUGUAGUUUUGAUUUUCAAUUUACCCAAUAACAACUCAUUAGACAUAACAAUGUUACCAUUGACUUAUGCUGCAUUAUUUUUUUUUUUCUUCACCAAAUCUUUCAACUAAAAACUUAAUGAGACUUGAUUUGUGACAAUGUGUCUCUUGUGACCAAGAUAUUGGCUAGACAAAGAAUUUUUGUUUGUCAAGUUUUAUCAAAAUAUGGUGAAAAUAGGCUGAUUUAAUGGUUUUAACUUUUUUUACAUUCAUGAGUUCUGUCUUUUGAGAUAAGUAUAAGUAUAAAAUUGAAUAUGUUGUAAGCUUGUUGUAAAUUAUUUUAGCUAAGUUAUAUUACAUGAGCUCAGGUUUUGUGCAUUUCCCUAUUUGGAUAUGGUGCUAGAAGAUGGCUAGAAGAUGUAUAGCUAGUAUGCAUAAAACAAAAAAUCAAUGUGUGCAUCUCGAUAAGGUUAAAGAGUGGCAAUUACCAGAAAAGACUUUACUCUGCCAGUUAAAACUUGGUGUUUUAUAUUAAGAUUAAGAGCUUCAAAUAUUAAGGGGAUAUUGCAAAAAAUAAUUGUAUUCUCUUUGGGCAAAGAGGUAAUUUGUGAGUAACAUACUAGUGUCAUGUCACCAAAAAGAAGGCUGGUGCAGAACUCGAUCAACAUGGAGAUUGAUCCCGUUGCAAAUGUUAUUGUUUGGUUCAUGUUCCAGCUCUACAAUGCCAAAUUCUAUGAAGCUUCUUUCUUACACUUCAGCAAUUAAUGUGCUCCAUUAUCUGGUGUAAGUAAACAAAAUAUAUAUAUAUAUACAUAUACGACUAGGAAACAAAAUGUUCUUGGAUAUUUGGUGGACAGUUGUAUGUAUGCUGAGGUCAGAUCACGGAUGUAGCUGCAGUGACUAACUUUAAUGAACAUAGGCUGAACCAGAGAAUUUUUAGAAAUAUGUGUUCUCUUGUAUGUUUUUCUUAAAAACUAAAUUUCAACAAUCAAUGCAUAGAAUUCAUCAGUUUAACUGAUUUAUCUGUAAGGCAUUUGAAAGAUUGCCCACUAUGUGGAAUGCUUAACUAAUCGAAAUGUUAUUAUUAAUAUAAUCAUAAUUAGAGGUAUUCCGAUUGAACAAAUUGUAAACUUACCUGAUAUAGCACUAUAGGUGGGACAUAUAAACUGAUAUACUGGAAGGAUGUAAUUAUAAUUUGUUCAUUUGUACCCUUUAUAAAAUUUACCUUUUACUCAAAAGAUUAUUUUUAAAGAUACAAAAACAGGAUUUUUUUUUUAAAUCUCAUACAAUUGCACCUAGUUCAGACAUGGCAAGGCACAGCUCAGUUAAAUUUCAAAUUUAGCCAUGGUGAUACAAAUGCCCCCUUUUGUGCUGCACAGGAGCAUUUAAUGAAAAAACUUGUUGGAUGAAAAUGUUGAUGAAAUGCCCCCCUCUUUAUUAUGAUGUCACAAGUCAUAAUUUUAAUGUCGAGUUUUUCUUAGCAUCUUGGAAUAAACAUAAAUGUCCACUAUAAUUCUUUGAAGAAUUUGAUUGGUUCUCAACAUUUUUGUAAUCUGAAUAAAAUUAAAUAUCUUUUGAAUCUGAGGAAACAAAAUUUGUGCCUCAUAUCCCAUUGACUUUGAACACAAAAUGAUGCUGAACUUUAAUGUGCUAUGUUUGAAUUAGCCUUUACAUGUAGAUCUUGCCUUUAUUUGUUACAUAUGUGUUUCACUUUGUAUUUUGUAGGUCUUGAUGCAUCUAAAUACUGCUGAUAGUGAAUUUAUUUUGAAUGAAUAUUGUUUUAUCUUUUGUUUGUUUCAUUUGUUGAAUACUUUGGUUUUAUAUUUCAUGUUGUGUGUAGAUAAGGGAAUAUCUGUGUUAGUUAUUAAUUUUCUAUCCCCUCCAAGUCAUUGUAUUUCAAUCAUUAGUAUCAGGUAUGUAGUCCAGGCUGGUACUUUGAGUCACAAUGCAGAUGGAGGAAACCUUCUCCAAUAGACUUUGUACUAGUGACUCGGGCCGAGUCCGAGAACAUGGCUGGCAAAAUGUGGCCUCAAGGCCGGUCCUAACUACAUCCUUGAUUAGCAUGGAUGAAACCGAUGCCUGGUGUACAGAUACAAGAUACUGGCCUUCCAUAGACUUUGUAGUGUAGAUUUUGACCAAGGCUGGCAAAUGUGGACUCAGGGCUGGCCUUCACCAUAAUAGAGUGAAAUUAACUUCAUUACGGAAGGAACAAAGGUAAAUGUCUGGAGUGGAAUUUACAAGUUUGAUUCAGGAGGAAAUACAGUGUGUUUAUAUUUUAAUUCAUCCUUCAUCAGAUAAUUAGUCUGGAUUUUCAUGCCACCAAGAUAUUCAGUACUUUUUAAUAACAAGACCUGUGUGCUUUUACUCAUAGAUGGCUAUACUACCUGUGUGCACACAACAUAUUCUCAUUCAACACUGCUAUGCAUACAUAUACCUUGUAGUGCAAUGGGUUUAGCUUUCUUUUGACUAAUUUAAUAUCAAAGGAGAGUCAUUGGCCAUUAUCAAAGAUUUCCCCUCUCCUUAAAGCAAAAACAAACUAUUAGAACUGUUAAGAUAUCAUUGUAUUAGUAAAUUUAAAUUUCAAAGUUUUAUUUGUUUUACUUUUACAGGUGUGUGUGCAUAUAAGAUACAAUGGUGUGAAUUUUUUUAAUAUGAUGCUUGUAAUGUUAUAAUUUUAUAACAUUUGAAUGAUCAGUUAAAAGUCUUAGAUUAGUCCUAGCAGAAGAGCAUAACCUUUUAUCUGCUGUCUUUCUGUCUGAUGGAAACUGAGUAGUAAAGACCUUGUGUUUUGUUUAUGUUAGUCACACCCAUCAUAAUUCAUUCAUGAGCUAGAAAGGGUAGUACUAAAGAAAAUCUGUAUUCUUUUGCGCAAAGUUUUUCAUUGCUUAUGCCACCUUGCCUGGAGUAAAUUAUUUAUUUCUCUUUUUUUUUUCUUUUCUAUUCUUCAUGCAGUCUAGUGAUAUGUAACUGAUUAAGACUGUCAAGUAUUAUUAGCAUUUAUUUUUAUCAUGGAAUUUAUGUUUUCAGAGACACAUCCUGUUAUGCCUUUGAAUUUUGAAAAAUAUAUAUAAAUAGUAGUUAACAAGCUAUGUGUUCUGUUAAUUAAUGAUAAAGCAAUUAUAGUUUAUGGUACAAAAAUAGCAUUGGGGAGAAAUUAGUACAUUCAAUGUCAAGUAAUCAUUUGCAUGAGUGUGCUAAAUUAUGGAAAUGGCGUUAAAAAUUUUUGGCGGGAAAUAUGUGAAUUGGCAACACCCUGGUAUUCGAAUUUAGGGGAAAAUCACUUUUUACAUUUUAUGAGUAGAUAACUUAUCAAGUGGUGUUCUGUCUAAAUUUGCCUUAAAUCAUCCCUACAAUCAAUCACUAAAGCUUGAUGUGAUGAGGCCCUCUCUAUCUUUAAACCUAUGUUUAACACAUUAUUGACACAAGGGUAUUUUCAUCACCUUGAAUCAUCUUUAAAUUGCUGAAAAGCGUGCAAAUCCAUCUCUAUAAUACCUUCGGAAUGUCUCCUCUUGCAUAACAUGAUGUUCUUGCAGUAUCCAGUUAAGAGUUAUUCUUGAUGAAUUACAAUAAGCCAACCUGUUGUAAAUCUCGUUAUAUUUUCAUAUAAACUAUCUCAAAAUACAUAUUAGCUUGCGCACAGAGUAUUUAUGUGCUGUUGUUAGCUUUGUGCAUAUUAGACCUCUGACACUAUGCAUCCUGAAUGAAGAUAUAAGAAAAGAUAAUACAAUUUUAUUGUAACUGCGAAGAUACAUCAAUAUUUAUGUGAAGAAAAUAUCAGAAUAUGAAAUGCAUUUGCAUUCUCAUAUUUAGGAUGUGGAGUGAUGCAAAAGCCAGAUUUCUUUCCAUAUUAGGACGGCAUGAUUCUAGAUUCAUUAUACAUGCAGCAAGUCCCCAAUUUCAGUAAUAAGGUAAAAUGCAGGACUUUGGGGAGUGUUUUGAGCAUUUCAACUCUUGUAUUUUGUAUAUAGAGAAAGAGUGGACUUAUUGAAAAUGGCAGCUUGUAUAAUGGACGUGUGAAAAUUUGAUUCAUUGAAAAAUAAUGGUUUGAAUGAAAGGUUGAUUUAUUCCUGUUAUAAGGAAUGAAAUUUUUAAAGGAGAAUGGGUUGACAUGCUAUCUGGUAUUCAUCUUAGUCCAAGUUUCACAAAACUAUCCCAAGUUUUAAUGUUUGUGUGACAUCCAAAAGAAACAUCAAAUAAGUUUGAUUUGAUAUGAUGGUUCUUGUGAAAUAGACCCUAGCUUUAUACCAUUAAACAUUAAAAGACACAAAUAAUUGCAACAUGUAUCAUGUUGGUUUUCUUUCCUUUUUUUCUCUAGCAGCUACUACAGUUCAUGUAUUGUAAAAUAGCAUUUUAUGGUUAUUUAAAGUGAAAACUAGUAUUGCUUUUUACCAACAAUGUGUGUAACAUGAAAAACAGAUAUUAUGCCAAAUAUUGUACAUAUUGGAUAAGGUAUAUAAGAGCUUCGGGCAUUAUGUAGUAAUACAUGUACUCGCAGCAUCAAGCCAAUAGAAAAUAUUAAGUACCGGUACAUGUUUAUGGUCUGAAUAGUGAUUUUCUAUCUCUUUACAUAUCUAUCUAAUUUGUGAAAUAUUUUGUAGGUAUAAACAGACAUUUUCAAAUGUAGCAUGUUCAAAGAUUUUGUUUGUUUGGAUUAAUUCUUUCAUCUUUGCUGAUAACAACAAAAAACAUAAAUGAUAUCCGAAACAAAAUGUGUUGAAUGCAGAAGAUAUUUGUUUUGUUAUAUCAAAGGUAACACUUUGCUAUGCUAUUCGUUAUUCAAAUUAAAUGUAGAAUUAAUCCCAUAUUUGAAUGGAUGAACAUAUAUAACCAUAUAUACCCCAUGUUUUCCAAAAACUUGAUAGUACAUAAAUGGUGAUUAUAAAUAAUUACAAGUAGGCCUAUAAUAGGCCUUGGUUUUGAGAAUGCUUUGUAAAACAUAUGGUACAUUUUUUUAAAUCGUGCUCUGAAUCACAAUGUGACAUGUCUUGUGGUAUAUAGGAUGUGUCAUGUAAUAUGUUUUGAGUAUUAAGACAGCAAUAAAAAAAAUGUAUGGACUGUAUACUACCAUAUUACUUUUCUAGGCCUUUUCAUAGAGUGCUUUAUCAUAGAAAUCUUUUGCUCGUCAUAGCUUAACAGGCAUUCAAGUCAAAUAUUCUCUUUGAGAUAACAUUAUGUAAUGCAAGCUUUGAGUGACGUGUGUUGUAAUUACAAGUAAAGCAUCCAGGAAUAGCGAUCAAGUACUAGUGUGAAAGGUAUUACAUCUUUAAAAUGUCGGGUAGUAAUGGAAAUCUAAUCUUCAUACUAGAUGUGUUGACAUCCCGAGUGGACAUGCGUUUCAUUAGGAUGUGGGUGUAUCUGUGAGAUUUGUGAAAUAAUUAUGACCAAGUCAUUUCAUGGUACACCAUGUAUUUUUUUGUUGGCAUAUGUUGGUCCUGAAACCACCCAAAUUCGACGUUUGUACAAUUAUGUUCUCGUCAUCUUCCGGAGAAUGCGACAAGAACACACUUGUUUUUAACAUCGAGUUUGGGUGGUCGUUUUCAGGACCAACAUAUGCCCACGAAAGAGUACAUAGUGUACUGUGAAACCACUACCCUCUUCUUCUUUGCCAUAGAAACCUUCAGAAGUUAGACCAAGUAAUUUGCUAUUUGUCUCCUUGACUAUGCUGAAUGUCAAAGUCACAUAAUUGUAUAGCUUGUUUGCCAUACCUUUUUGUCAUGAGUAAUAAUGAAAACAAAGAUUGCAUAAUCAUACAAUACUUCUUUGUUUCAUUCUGUCUGGCCAAAACCAAUGAUGAGCUGCAAGUGAUAUUGUUAUUUCAUAUAUACAUGUAUGUGAGAGUAAUCAUAUUAAAAGGCUUGUACAUAAAAGGCU